AUGGAUCUUAUUAAAGGAUAUGGUUCAGAUUCAGAUUCAGAUGGCGGUGAAUCAACUAGUAAAGAAACUAUAGUAAAUAAAAAUGUAGAAAUAAAACAGAUUACUUCAUUUAAACCUACUGCUAUUGCACCUUCUGUACAAUCAAUUAGAGUAUCUGAGAAUAAAAUAGAUCCAAAUUCAAAAUCAUUAACAUAUAAUGCAACAUAUGAUCAAAUGUACGGUGAAACAGAAGGUCCACAUACUCCAUACUCAAGAUCAAAACAAAGAAUGGAUCCAUCAUUAAAGAAUCAUAAAACAGGUAUUAUCGAAGAUUUUCAUAUCAAUGACUUUGCAUUUUCAGAACAAUAUCAUACAUUUAAAUCAUACGGUUAUGCAAAAGAUCCGUCCAAUUCGAAUGUGGUUAUCGGUAAUUUGAAUAACUAUAGAGAUGGUGUAACUGUUUAUAAUGGUGUAACUCCAAAUAGAAACAAUAGUAGUAGUAGUAGUAGUAAUAAUAAUAAUAAUGGUGAUGGAAGUGGUAGUGGUAGUGGAAAGAAAAAGAGACAACAUGAAGAUCCUGGUGAUAUUAAAGGAUAUCAAGGACCUUGGGGUUCGAAGGAUUUCGAGAUCGAGUUGAAAGCAAAGAUCGCAGAGGAAGACAAGCAGGAUGCAAAGAUCGAGAUGAACGAUGUACAGAAACAAUACUUGGAUAUGCGUGCGAAACAACAGAAAAAGACAAAGGAGACACCAGAGACAUCGGCUACUAUGCAUCGCGAGAAGAAGCUCGACUACAUGGGACGAAGCUGGCUGGAGCCACCAAGCGAGCUGCGUGCUGGCGUCAACGAUAGCUACCUGCCAAAGAAGCUGAUUCACACGUGGACCGGUCACACCAAGGGUGUCUCGGCAAUCCGUCUGCUGCCCAAGUACGGAAACCUGUUGCUCUCUGCGAGCAUGGAUACCACCGUAAAGAUCUGGGAUGUCUAUAACGAGCGCGAUUGUAUACAAACCUAUAUGGGACAUCAGCAGGCGGUGCGUGAUAUCUCGUUUGCCAACGACGGACGACAGUUCCUCUCGUGUGGCUACGACCGUGUGACACGACUCUGGGAUACGGAGACGGGCAAAGUCAUCUCCAGCUAUACGAACGGCUCCACUCCCUACUGUAUAAAGUUCAAUCCCGACGACGACAAACAGAACGAGUUUUUGGUGGGUGGAUCCGAUCGUAAGAUUCUGCAGUACGACACCAAGUCGAACCAGAUCGUGCAGGAGUACGACCAGCAUCUUGGCGCGAUCAAUUCGCUCACCUUUAUCGAUGACAAUCGUCGGUUCGUUUCGUCGAGUGACGACAAAUCCAUGAGAAUAUGGGAGUGGGGUAUACCCGUGGUGAUCAAGUACAUCAGUGAUCCCGAGAUGCACAGUAUGCCAGCGGUUGCACUACAUCCCAAGGGCAAAUGGUUCGCCGGACAAUCGAUGGACAAUCAAAUUCUGGUGUAUCGUGCUCGUGACAAAUUCAGAAUGAACAAAAAGAAGCGAUUCCUCGGACAUACCAACGCAGGUUACGCUUGUCAACUCAAUUUCUCACCCGAUGGCAAAUAUAUAGUCAGUGGUGAUGCCUCUGGAAAAGCAUACUUUUGGGAUUGGAAAACUUCUAAAGUUUAUAAAACAUUACAAGCACAUGAUGAUGUUUGUAUAGGUAUAGAAUGGCAUCCAAUUGAGUCAUCCAAGGUAAAUAACGUCACUGAAACUUGUUGCUAUAAAAAUACACUUUCAUCAUGGGAAACAUAUUAUCUCUUUAUAACAAACCAUCAUAUUACAACUACGACAAUUUUCCAAUGUCUGGUCUAG